AUGAAAGUUAGGAAGCUGCAAGUCUAUGACGAUUCCGCCCUCAUCAUUUUUCAUACAGAGGGUCAAUGGCGAACCCGUGACUCCAAAUUGAUCCCUUACCAUGAAUUCCUUGAGGAAUUAAUAAAGGAAUUUGAGGAGAUUUCUCUUGAGUAUUUACCUCGAUCGCAGAAUCAGUUCGCCGACGUCUUGGCCACAUUGUCAUCAAUGCUACAAGUUAUAGACGGGUUAGACAUCGAGCCACUAAAAAUUGAAAUUUUAAGACGUCUGGCUUACUGUUCGGCAAUCGCAGACGAACCUGAUGAGAAGCCAUGGUAUUAUGAUAUCAUGAACUAUCUUCAAAAGGGUGAAUACCCUCAUGGAAGUGAACUAGCGAAUCAGAAAUACAUAAGGAAGCUAGCAUCAAAAUUCUUCAUAAGUAGCAAUGCUCUUUAUAAGAGGUCUUUUGACUCAAUUUUGUUGAAAUGCGUGGAUGCUAGAAAAGCUAAUCAGUUGAUGAGAGAAAUACAUGAAGGGGAAUGUGGUCCGAACAUGAAUGGCUAUCUUUUGGCCAAAAAAAUUAUGAGACUGGGUUACUUCUGGAUGGCUAUGGAGGCUGACUGGGCGACUCCUUUCUCGCUCGUUUAUGGUAUGGAAGCGAUCUUGGCCAUCGAAGUCGAAAUCCCUUCAUUAAGGAUUCUCUCUCAAGUUGAGCUCUCUGAGGAAGAAUGGAUUCAACAGAGAUGUGAUCAGUUGAACAUGAUCAAUGAGAAAAGACUAAAGGCUUUAUGCCAUGGUUAG